AUGGACGAGCGCCAGGUAGAGCUGCAGCGCCGCAUCUACGCCCAAAUUCAACAGCAGCAGAUAGACGAGAACCUCGCCAACGCGCUCGAGUACACGCCGGAGGCGUUCGCGAAGGUACCGAUGCUCUACGUGCCGUGCACCAUCCACCAGGUGCUCGUGAAGGCCUUCGUCGACUCCGGCGCGCAGAACAGCAUCAUGAACAAGCGCACGGCGGAGCGGUGUGGGCUGAUGCGGCUCGUCGACGUCCGCAUGCGUGGCGUCGCCGUCGGAGUAGGGCGGCAGGAGAUCUGCGGUCGCAUCCACAUGACCCCUGUGAACCUCGCAGGGAUGUACAUCCCCUUCGCCUUCUACGUGAUCGAGGACCAGGCGAUGGACUUGAUCAUCGGUCUCGACCAGCUGAGGCGCCAUCAGAUGGUGAUAGACCUCAAGCAUGACUGUCUCACCAUUGGCAACAUCAACGUCCCGUUCUUGCCGGAGAACGAUCUGCCCGCGUUGGCGGGGCUGGAUGACGACGCGGAUGAGAUGCACGCGCCGCGUCACCAGGACCCGGCGGUGACAGCCACCACCGCCCCCAGCCCUGCUGCACCGGUGCUCUCGGAGGGCGAGCGGCAGGCCCGCAUGGAAGGCUUUAUGACGUUCUCGGGUAUCACCGACCCCAAGCAGGCGGCGGAGUUGCUGGAAGCCGCCGACUGGGACCCCAACGUGGCGGCGGCGCUCCUCUUCGACACGUGA